AUGAUAGGGAUUAGUGAUUAUUGGAAGGAGAUGUAUAGAACUGAGGUAGAUAAGCAAACAGGUUCAUAUUGCUUAUUAAUUAGUGCUCAAGAAAGUAAAAGCGUAACUUGUGAUGUGCUUUUUAAGUUCACAGUAAGCAUGCGCUUAUUUGUAGUCAAAAGAUAUUCUAAGAAUUUAUUUCAAAGACGAAGCAAAAAUGACGAAAUCGAAGUGAAUUAUUUUGCUGAGAGCAAAUUCAUUCCAUUUUCAAGGCAUUGGAACUGUAACACAUCACUUCUUUGA